AAGUGAGAUAAAAUUGGCUAGUUGAUAUGCUAAAACUGGAGGUGUUGGGAAGCGAAAGUAUAGUAUAAAAUAAUGUUGUUUGGUACUAAAAUGCUGGUAUUUAUUUCGUAGUGAAUACACCCUAUAACAGCACUAUAUAUCUUCAAGUCACGACUUGAUUGUCAACAACCAAGCAAAUCCAGUAGCUAGCUAGCUAUCUGAACAGUUAGCUAGGCUAGUUAGUGCUAACGCUAUCUAAACAGGGCUGGAUUUGACCAGUAGAUUUAACAACAGCUAACGUUGAUUUGUUGGUAGAGUUGAGGCAAAAUGUCGAUUCAGUACGAGGAGCCUGCAUUGGCAGAGAGCUAUGGUGUUGUGGACUCUUUCCCAAAGGAUUUUGGCUACGGAGUGGAGGAACCAGAUAUCGAGGAGGAGAGCACGACAUCAGGUGACAGUAAACCAAGGAUCCUGUUGAUGGGAUUGCGGAGAAGUGGGAAGUCAUCUAUUCAAAAGGUGUGUUGUUAUACUUCUGUUAGUUUAGUUCUCCAAUAAACUGCUGCUGCCCAGUUCUUCUGUGCGUCACUACAAUUUGUAUAAUGUGAAUGCACUAUAAUCUUUAUGCAUGGUACACUACUCAAGUUGUAUAGGCGGCAGGUAGCUUAGUGCUUAAGAGCGUUGUGCCAGUAACCGAAAGGUCGCUGGUUCUAAUCCCCGAGCCGACUAGGUGAAAAAUCUGUCGAUGUGCCCUUGAGCAAGGCACUUAACCCUAAUUGCUCCUGUAAGUCGCUCUGGAUAAGAGCGUCUGCUAAAUGACUAAAAUGUAAAAAUUUUAAAUGUUGAUUACCUAGCUAGGUAGUCAAGUAGUCAUUUACACUGAUUGUAUUUGUCUAAUUUAAACAUACAUUGCGCUAUAUCUAGGUUGUAUUCCACAAGAUGUCGCCCAACGAGACACUAUUCUUGGAGAGCACCAACAAAAUCUACAAGGAUGACAUCUCCAGCAGCUCUUUCGUAAAUUUUCAAAUCUGGGACUUCCCUGGUCAGGUGGACUUCUUUGACCCUACCUUCGACUAUGAGAUGAUUUUCAGGGGCACGGGGGCUUUGAUAUUCGUCAUUGAUGCUCAGGUGAGACAAUUCCAAGGUAACACACUUUAAUUACGCUUUAAAAUGUAUGCCAAACAAAAACCAAAGAUUAACAAAUCAUACAACUCUAAUGGCUACUUAGAAAAAUGUACACAGUGAAAAAAAAAAAAAAAAAACAUUUACUGGAAAAACUGCAGAUGCAAAGUUUGGUAACAGAAUUAUGGUAAAAUCUCCCUCAGUUUUAUUAUUUUACCAAACGUUGUAUCUGCACAGUUCUUCCUGUUAAUGUGUUUUUGUAAAAUGUUCAGUGGAAAUUGUUAAAAGUAGUCCUUGUGCAUAGAAUUGUAUGGUUUGUUAAACUCUGAAAUCAAUGGUUUUUGUUUGGAGUCUCAGCAUGGAGUCUCAGCAUAAUUCUGUUAUCAUGGAAUUACCCACUACCCAUGGCAAACAUUGAGAAGGCUCUUCUUGUCUACAGCAGUCCUGGGGAACUGACUGUACAGCCUACAGUUCCACUGAUCUUUAUUUAUUUAAAAAAAUUGUCUGCUGCAUUGUCUCUGCUCUGCUUAUGCCUUUGUUCUCUAUUGGUUUCAUCAGGAUGAUUAUGUUGAAGCCUUGGGGAGGCUACAUCUCACAGUGUCCCGAGCCUACAGGGUCAACCCAGAGAUCAACUUUGAGGUGUUUAUCCAUAAGGUUGAUGGCCUGUCAGACGAUCACAAGAUAGAAACCCAAAGAGAUGUCCAUCAGAGAGCCAACGAUGACCUGGCAGAUGCCAGCCUGGAGAAGCUUCAUCUCAGGUUAAGGGCCCGACACACUUCACUCAAACUAUGCAAACGCAGCAACAGAGCGUCGUUUUCACAUGUAGUUCUAUGUACUUUUGUGUGGCUCAAAUUUUGGAACGGACCGUAUACGGCGCUCUGUUUGCAUGACGUGUGUAACAGCCUUUAGUAUAAAGGACAAGACACACCAUAACGAACGUCGGCCGUGCGCAGUAGAUCACCUGCUGGGUGUGGACCAACUGUGGCUAUUCAACAUGAAGAAUCUUAGGGAAAUGAACAGUAGUAAAUGACAGCUGAUGUUCGGUGGUCAGAGGAGAUAUGAAGGCCACACGCUGCUUUUAACCAUUCGUCGGUGCGGUCUGUUUUGUCCUUAAUUGGUGGUAGGUUAGGUAUGUGGCCGACUGUUACUCAGAGGGAUCAGCUUGUUUUUGACCUAACAAGUUGGGAAAGGAACUGUUAGAAACACAGGAAAUAUAACUGCGAUCUCAAUUCUCUCUCCCUCUUUCUCCUUUUCUAUGUUUCAGCUUUUAUUUGACCAGCAUCUAUGACCACUCUAUAUUUGAGGCUUUCAGUAAAGUUGUCCAGAAGCUCAUUCCUCAGCUACCAACAUUGGAAAACCUUGUGAACAUUUUCAUAUCAGUAUGUAUUCUUUUGACCAAUAAGCUGAUUUGAACUGAUGCUUGUUUUUCUGCACUUCUACACACAUCACAACAUAUGUUUUUGCAAUGUUUUAGUCCUUUCGAUAAUGUUUCUUAUGUCAAAACAUUGCCCCUGUGUUUUUAUUUUUGGACAGAACUCUGGGAUUGAGAAAGCCUUCCUAUUUGACGUGGUCAGUAAGAUCUACAUCGCCACCGACAGCUCCCCUGUGGACAUGCAGUCAUACGAGCUUUGCUGUGACAUGAUCGAUGUUGUCAUCGACGUCUCUUGUAUCUAUGGGUGAGUGAAAAUGAUAUGCCAGGGUUCCCCAACUGGCGGACCGCGGGCCGAAUUUGUCACUCAGGUGGUUUUAUUUGGCCUCCCAAGUUUUCUGAGCAAAAGGAAAGAAAUAAAAACAUGUAAAAAGAAAUACAAAUAAUUAAAAAUCAUUGUUGGACAUAAAACACCAGAAAAACAUCAGGAAAUCAGCUCCAAGUGAUUUUACUUUUGGAAAUCUGUUCCCAAGUAUUUCCACGCAUAAUAGAGAUGUGAUCGUAUACAAAUGUAAGCAAGGUUUGAAAUUAUAAUGUUUUAGUCAAAUAUUAUGUGUUUGGGCUUCUUGUGGUCAAUUUGUAGUCUACAAAUAAUUUGUAAUUAUGUUCCGGCCCCCUGACCAUCUGCUCCAGAAAAAAUCGCCCCUCAUUUUAAUCUAGUUGAUGAUCCCUGUCAUGUCAUUUAAAAAAGUGUGUAUUGGACAUCUAUUAACAGUCUCUUCAUACAAUUACAUUGUACAUGCUUGGGAUUUAUGUGAAAAUCAUUGAAAUCAACAAUGCAGUGAAUACGCAUCACUGCCUGGCACCGUAUUCGGUUGAAGCAUGUGGUAAGGAUGCUUUUGUGGUUGCAGAGGUUGACAAGGAAUCGUAGAUUGCUGUGAUUGUGAAAAGCUAUAAUGGAGAGCUUUGAGUUUAUUUUGUGAUUGUAAAAAGUGAAUUGCUUUGUGGUCUUCCAUUGCAGCCUGAGGGAAGAUGGAAGUGGCAGUGCCUAUGAUAAGGAGUCUUUGGCCAUCAUUAAGCUCAACAACACCACCAUACUCUACCUGAAAGAGGUCACCAAGUUCCUAGCCCUCGUUUGCAUCCUUAGAGAGGAGAGCUUUGAAAAGAAAGGUGAGAUUUUACCAUUUUAUAUUAGCAUCUUGUGUUGAUUUGACCGACAUGCAUAUAGCCUUUAGAAGAAGUUUAACAUGCCGCACUACCAUUCUUAUCUCAUUUGUAGUCCUGGGAGUUACUGGCCCAAUUUUUUUGGGGACAUAUAUUCAUAUAGCGUGAUAUGUUUUCUUUCAGGUUUAAUAGACUAUAACUUCCAUUGUUUCCGCAAAGCCAUCCAGGAGGUGUUUGAAGUGGGGUCAUUGACACAGAGGACAGGCAGACUACAGCCAAGCUCGUCCAACAACAGCUUGUCCAGCGUAAAAUUUGGUGUAUUAAACGGAAGUGCUGUUUAG